ACUGGUAACGUUACGCCAAGACAGCUAGUGUCGAGCCAUUCAGCUAACUGCUUCAUCACUGGCUGCCUCUGUCUUUUCGGGGUCCAUUACCAGUUUUAGUUGUAGUGCGACAGUUAAAUAGAAAAAUGGCUCUGCUAACGCCAUUAUUCGCUUUCCUGUACCACCUGCCGCAGGUGUACAAGUGGCUGCUGAAGCCCUACUAUGUAGCCUCUCUCUUCAUGUCUAUUGCCUUUCUGGCUAUCCGCAAGACCCCUGGCAUCUGCGACCAUCUGGCUACACAGCGAGAGGACGGCAACUCCUGCGACUUCGACUGGAGGGAGGUAGAGAUCCUCAUGUUCCUCAGCGCCAUCGUCAUGAUGAAGAACAGACGAGCAAUAACGGUGGAGCAGCAUUUGGGCAACAUCAUCCUGUUCAGCAAAGUGGCCAAUGUCAUCCUGUUCUUCAGACUGGACAUCAGGAUGGGACUGCUCUACCUGACACUAUGCAUAGUGUUUCUGAUGAUCUGCAAGCCUCCUCUUUACAUGGGACCAGAGUACAUCAAAUACUUCAGCGACAAAACCAUUGAUGAUGAGCUGGACAAAGACAGUCGUGUGACAUGGAUUGUUGAAUUUUUCGCCAACUGGUCUCCAGAGUGCCAGUCCUUUGCUUCCGUCUAUGCUGAUCUUUCUCUCAAGUAUAACUGUUCUGGUCUCAAGUUUGGCAAAGUGGACAUCGGACGUUAUGGAGAAGUUUCCAAAAAGUACAAGGUGUCUACAUCUCCGCUGUCCAAGCAGCUUCCGUCCUUGGUGUUGUUUCAGGGAGGGAAGGAGGUGAUGCGGCGCCCCCAGGUGGACAAGAAGGGUAGAGCCGUAUCCUGGAGCUUCACUGAGGAGAACAUCAUCCGAGAGUUCAACCUGAACGAACUCUACCAGAAAUCCAAGAAGCUCAACAAGACCAAAGAAGACAAGGUCAGCGAAUCCCAGUUCCCGCCGGUCCCCGAGGAGGAUGAGCCUGAGCAGCACGGAGCCCACGCAGAGGUGGUGGACUCUGAAUCCAAGAAGGACAAAUAAGACGGCUCGUAUCACUCAGCUUCCAACCCUGGAUGAAAUGUGUAGGUCCAGGUCAGCUCCUCCUCGUCCUCGUCCUCCUCCUCUUCCUCCUCCGCCUGCUCUCUCAUCUUCAAAGUGAAUCAGAACAGGGCUGGCGUCGCUGCGGAUCAUCAUGAGAUUUUAAAAUCGCCGCAGUACUUCUGCCUCCCUUCAGCACCAUUUAACCCUAACCCCAGUUAAACCCAAGAAUUCAACACCGGUGCAUCUACAGUGACCUCAGUCUGUUUUCCCUCUAUGAAAGAGCAAAGAGAACAAGUGUAUGCUUUAGCAGAGGAGCAAACCGGGACACAGUAAUGCAGCUUUUUUUUGGGGGGGUGGGGGGGGUGUAAUGCUCAAACCUGGCCCAGUAUAAUGCUGCAAGGCCUGGAAAUGUGCUGUGCAGACCUGCCACGUGCACUGGGUUACGAAGUCUACACCACACAUUUCUGAUGGUUAAAGCUGUGAAGUCUGAGUGGCUGCUAAUUUAGGAGUUCUUAAUAAUUAACAGUAAGGGAUCAGUGAAUGUGAUGCUACUUUGUUCUAGAUUUUUUUUUUUUUUUUUAUGCAACUAAUUGAAUUAGAUUAACAUAGAUUUUUUUUAAAUCAGAAUAAGUGUAUAUUUAUGUAAACUAAGUUAUAACUCAGUGGUACACACAGUCGUUAAGCUGGUGUUUUUGGUUUGUAAUGAGAUCUACAUCAUAACAUCAUGACUAAUAGUUCAUACUACAGCUUCCCGAUUUCAUCCCUCACAGACCAAACUACACUCCGUCAUUCCAUCCAUUUCAUGUUAAUGUGUUGUUAUGCAUUCCAACUCCCUUUUCGUUUGUUUGUGUGGUAUGCAGUGGAUGUGCCUCUCCGAGAGACCAACAGUCAUUAAUGCCGUGGCUAACUUUUCUACCAAAUGGGUUGCACUUUUAUUUUUCACUAUUUCUACGUUGCCCACAAGGUAACCAGUAUUAUGUUUUUAGAAGCAAGCAGUGCUCAAGGCUUAGCGUCCACUGGCACUCACUGUUUUAUAGCUUCUCAACCCCCCCCCACCCCCCCCUGUUGCUUCUGUAACAUUGACAGUUUCAGUACAGCUUAUUUGAGAGAAAAAAAAUACCACGUCCUCAACAUUGACAUAAACAGAAAAGACAGCAAUUCCAUUAAGUAUUGCAAGCAAGAAGUUGGACUGUCUACCGUCUUGGUCAAGACUACAGUAUUACUUCAAAUACUACUCCAAUAAUAUUAAAUGUGCUCGCUACAGAUUGUUGACCGUUACUAAUCGGACGUCGUGACCUCAGACUGCAUGUUCAACGACAACCGAUCUGCCAAAUAUUUGGCACGAUAGUAAAGUUAGUCAGGGGUGACCAAGUUAAAAUGUGUCUUGCUCCUUAUUUAACACAGUUUUAGAUAGAAAUAUUAUAAAUGAUUUGAUCUCCCGUUGCUGCAUUCACUAAUGGCAACGUCUACUGUAACUUUAGACCCAGGAGGGUUUCCUACGAAGCGAUCCUAAAACAGUUGACAUGACCUGUUAGAUGGAUUGCUGUAUGAUGUUGCACAGACAUGCAUUGUCUUCAGAGGAUGAAUCCUACUGACUUUUCAUCGAGGGCCAUCCUUAGGUCAAAUACCUGCAGAACUGAUGACAUGCAGUUCAGCCUCCGCUGUACUCUGUGUUUACUGCUAAUCAGCUAAUGUUAGCACGCUAACACGCUAAACUAUGAUGGUAACCAUGGUAGACAUUAUACCUGCUAAACAUUAGCACGUUGCAUGAUGCAUGCUGACGUUAGCCAGAGCUCGUCUGUGGUCUCUUGUCUUUAUUUUUUUGUCUUGCAAAUGAAAUUGUAACAAAUAUCGAUGUAUCGGUCAGAAAUGAUCCGACCC